CCUGCGCAGAUUGGUUUCGAAGGUUGGGACUGUUGUAUGUGAGGCGAUCUUGACCAUGGUGUGAAAGUUCCCUAAAUUAGGUCUGAAGUGCUAGGUAUGAGAUGCGGGGCGGCUUCAAGAAAAUACCGCUCCUUGUCAUGGAGCUCUUUUAAAGAUAAGAGGAAUUUAGAAAGAUGCCACUUUUUGGAAACACAUUCAGUCCAAAGAAAACUCCGCCCAGAAAAUCAGCCUCACUUUCCAACCUCCAUUCGCUGGACAGAUCUACCCGUGAAAUUGAGCUGGGCUUAGAAUAUGGAACUCCUGUUAUGACACUUACAGGACAGAGUCUGAGGUUUGAGAAUGGCCAAUGGAUACCUGAAUCAUUUGGAAGCAAUGGGGACCGCAGGGAGACACAGCGUCUUCGCAAACGGAAUCAGCAACUGGAAGAAGAGAACAAUCUUCUUCGAUUGAAAGUGGAUCUUUUGUUGGAUAUGCUCUCUGAGACAACUGCUGAAUCCCACCUCAUGGAGAAGGAAUUAGAAGAACUGAAAAAUUACAGCCGAAGGAGAAAGUGAAUUAUAAAUUAGCAAUCACUAGGAAAUAUGGGGAAGAAAUAACAGGCAAAUAUGAUUUAGGGCAAUCAGAUUCAUCACUUGUGAAGUCACAUCUGCCUUGGAAGACUUUGCUGUCUUUGACUCUUUGUAGCCAGGGCCCCAACUAAGAAAUAGUAAGUUCCAGUGCUGUGAGGAAGCUAGUAUCUUUUUUCUCUUUGUGAAACUUCUAUCCAAGUGCUCUUAACACAUAUUCAGUAUAUAAUUAGUAGAUGAUUAAGUAUAGAUAAUAUUUAUGUCAUCUUUCCAAGAAGAUAGCAACCAUUCUGAAAGAUCAGAUGAGAAGAUAUGAAGAUUCCUUGCAAUACAUCUCAGGAUACUUAAUGAAAUGUCAGUUUAUUAAGUUAGAAUAUAUACAUUCAGCAUGCACUCAUUUUGUCAUGUGAAUUGCUAGAAAGCUGAAUUUACUCAUAAUUCGUAAGACUGAAAACAUGAUAAAUUGUGUCUAAACAAGGCAGACUGAAAGUCAGCUUUAGAUUAUAAAUCCUGUCUUAAUUGAAAGUUCACAUUUAAUGGGUUAAGUGUGAACUAGGAAUGUAGCCUGUUUUUUGCUUUAUACAGAAGAAAUGGUUGCCUGCAAAUAGAAUGUAUAUAUACAUGAGUGCAUGCUGCUUGUGCACAUUUUGGUUUAUCAUGCCUCGACUCAUGUUGUGUCUAAAUUAAGCCAUUAUCUUUCUUUCAUCUACUUUAGACUCACUAUCCACGCAUUCCUUGGUAUCUGGGAGUCUAAUGUGUGGAGUGCAAAAUAUUUCUGGAUUGUAGUUUCUGACAGUGACUUGGUAUAUGGCAGACAAAAUAGAUAGCACACCAUAUCUUUUCAUUAGUUUGUUUUAUUAUAGGAGGUAUCACAAAUGCCCCUGCACUUUCCCUGAAAGUAUAUAGAAAGCCACCAGUGAGGUCACAUUUAAAUCUAUGACAUCAGAAAAAGGACACAUCUUGAGGAACCUUAAAAGCUAACAAAAUUGUUGUGGCAUCUGCUUUAAUAGAGUAGUCACUUGCUCACAGAUACUUAGAUGAUAUAACAUACUCAUCUAAAAAUGGCCUAUUUAUU